CAGAUCACCGUUGGCAAUCCGAGAUGGCUAAUCCGAUUCACCGAGCCCUUCGGUCUCCGACUAGCGAAUGUUUCAUACGGUAGAACGAAAUUUUCCUCCCCGAUCAUUGCUGUUUGCUGGCCGAAUGCACUUUCGGAGGCCGCAGAGGAUAGCGCAAUGAUUAUCUCGAUCCCACGAGCCCGAUUGACACGGAAGAACUGUCUCGGUUGGAUUUUAUGUUCUUCAACAGGCAGUGUGGUGUAUUUUCAGAGUACCCCGGGUCGAGGUCAUGCCAG